CGCGACACGAUGGAGCCUAACAUGGGUCCCAGCGACGGCUGGUACAACGACAACAACGAUGGCGCCGACGACCAAGCGCUUCGCUCUGGCAGCUUUGCCUACAGCGAGCGCGCCUCGUCGUUCACGGCCAAUUCAGCCGCGUUCUCGCGCGGCUCGAUCUUGCAGCGCGACAUCAAAGCAACGCCAGUCGACACCGGCCGGUCGUGGGGCACACGCUACGGCGGCCGCCUUCGGCGCUGGCCUGGUGUCGUGCUGCUCGCUGUCAUUGUGGGCGCAAGCGUGGCGGCCAUCACGUACGGUGCGGCGGCAUCGCGCGAGGCGGCGCGCACACGCGCAUUCGACGUGCAGAAGCGACUGGCGCUGGAGCGCGCGAUAGCCGAUGGCACGACGAGUGGCUCCAACGUCGACGACGUCGACGUCGCCGACGAUGGCCAAGUCAACAACCCCGAGGUGUACCCGCCGAGCGGGUGCCAGCUGCCCAACUACGUCAGCAAGAAUGGCAAGAUCUACGCGGUCGCCACAAACGGCACCGAAGUUCCAAUCCAGAUCAAGGGCGUCAACUGGUUUGGCAUGGAAACGGGCAUGCGAGCGCCGUUCGGGCUCUGGGACAACGACCAGAACGGCACGACGGUGUACGCAGUCGCCCAAUUCCUCGCCAACAACAAGUUCAAUUCGGUGCGCAUGCCGCUCUGCGUCUCGAGCAUCCUCGGGAACAAGGCGCCCGAAGUGUCGAUCAUCAACCGCGUCACCAACCGCGCACUGGAUCUGACGUCGUAUCUUGGGUUGCUUCAGACGGUGACCCAGUCGCUCGGGUAUCGCCAGAUCUCGGUCAUGAUCUCGAUGCACACGCUCGACAUUUACAACCGCGAAGGCUCGCUCUGGUACGGCAAGACGCUGUCAACCGACGACUUUCUCAAGGCCAUCGACAUGCUCACAGUCGCGCUCUGCUCGGACACGUACUGGAACGUCCUUGGCAUUGACGUCAAGAACGAGCCGUGGGAAGGCACGUGGGGCACCGGCCUUAAAACGAUUUCCGCGCGGCCGCCGAGCUCAUUGGCGCGCGCAUCCUCAAGGGCUCAUACGAUCGUCCUCGAUGGCCAAGAGUACGGCUACUACGAUUGGUUUGGCGGCGGGCUCCACAAGGCCGGCGCCUUUCCCGUCGUCCUCCCAACCCCCGAGAAGCUCGUGUACGCCCCGCACUACUACACGCCGGCGGUGUUUCCGCAGUACUAUCUCUUUGGCGGCGGCAAGGUCGGGAAGGGCAACGCCAUCAACGGCUACGUCGAGCUCGACGACGAGAAGCUCUUGGGGCGUGUGGCCAAUACCAUGUACGACAUGUUUGGCUAUUUGAACGCCAAGCAAGAUGCGGCGGUCGUGCUUGGCGAGUUUGCGGGUCUCUACACCAAAGAUGAACACCCGAUGAAGACGACGCAGCGCUGCACGGACUUUACGAUCAGGGCGAUUUUGAGCGAGAGUUAUGCCGGGGGCUACAUGUGGUCGCUCAACCCCGAGUCGGCGUACCAGUACAACCCGGCCGAUACGCCGGGCAACUAUGUGGAAGGUCUCUUGAAUCUGGAUUGGCGCUCGGUGAACGCGCCAUUUUUGAAAGCCAUGAAGCCCUUGGAUGCGAUGCCGCACCUCAAGAUGAUGCCGUGCUUUCGUACCUGACCACUCGCGUCAAGAGGAAUUGCAUCUUAAAGUGCACAGACAAUAGUACCUGCGUUUUGGA